UUUUCACUACUGAAAUGGACACUGAUAAGGACAGUUAUGAUGACUUCAUGAACGAUGGUUCUGAGGAAAUCGAACAGAUGAAGAUUAAGGAGAAGAAGAGGAAGAAGAAGGAAAAGUCUAUGCGACAGACAAUGAAGAAAAAGAAAAAACUGACGGUACCUAAGGGACCUAAAUGUGAGAGAAGAAAGUCUGUAAUACAGAGUCGGAAGGAUGUGAACGAUCUGAUAGGUGAAGGAAGAGGAAUCACGAAGCAAUUUGGUCACACUUCCAGUGAGAGCUCCCUUGAAUGCGACCAAGAUUCCAAAGAGAGCCCAUAUAAACUAACUAUUGAGAAGAGCGUUGCUUCUCAAUUGCCAAAACUCAAAAUAUCAGAUGUAAAUCCUGACGAGUGGAACAACAUCCCAUAUCCCUUGGUUGACUGCGUCAAGGCCAUUCUGGAUGACCUCAGAAUGAAAGACCAGGCUUUCACAGAUCAGCAGCAGAAGUUCCAGGAUCUCACAGCCAAAGUUGACUUUCAAAUGAAUAGAACCGCCACUGAAAUGGAGAAACUAGAGGAAAGCGUUGAUAAUAAAAGUGCUAGAUUAGAAAAAUAAUAUCAGUCAGGUUUACAACAUGCAGAGGAAAAGACUAGAAAAUGAGACAGUCAAAAUCAAAGCUCAAGUCGAAACCUAUGAAAUGGACAUGCAAAAUCAGUUCAAAUCUGUUACUGCAAAGUUAGCCAAGAUGGAAGAGUACGGCACUAUUAAAUCCCAUAUCCAGGAUAGUGUUGAACACUGCAAAUUUGAUAUCCAGAGGAUGAUCGAGAAACAACUUGAAUAUCUUGAAGAAUCAAUGCAUAAGACAAUGAACAAGAAGCUACAAGUGCCAGACCUUAUUGGGGAAGAUCAAAAAUAUGCUUCUUUGCAAAUCUUUGCCGCUGAGAUAGACAAAACUCUUCUCCAAAAACAGGAGGAAAUCGAAACUAUGAAUGACAAAAUCGAUAAUGGACAGAAAGAGCUCAAAACUUUCCUAACAAAGCACUUAAAAGUUGUUAAGAAGGAGUUCAUUGCUUCUCUAAACGAACAAAUUUCUCAGUCUGAAACUAAACUUCAAGAGCACAUUGGUGAUAAUAUUCAACUAGAAAUUGAUCGCAUAAAUACAAAAUUCGAGGAAAGCAUCGUUGAGCUCAAGAAUGUAAGUUCUGUUGAUGAAGGAACGUUUAAGAAGGCCAUUGAACAACUCAAUCAGGAGUCCAACAAACUUGAGCAACUUCUUACCUCUAAAAUAGUUAAGGCCUACCAAGACCACCAGUUAGCACUUAACCAGAUAAAAGACACUGAAACUCUCUUGAGCUCUGUCAGGAAUGAUCUGAAUAAAUUCACCAAAGAAUUUGAGACGUAUAAAGAAGAUGUUGAUGAAAGAAUAGAGAAAAUUCAAGAAAAAUCCGUAGUAUUCGAAGAGUCUGAUCAUAAUGAAGUCCAUGUCAAGCUCCCAAGAAAUCCUGAGGAGGAGAUUGAUAAGAAAGAGACUCCUCUUUCGAUGUAUGAUCAUAGGUAUAAUACCAGGGAUGAUACUAAGGGAGAGAACUCUCCCCUCCCUCAGAUACCUGAAGAUCCUAUAAUUUCUGUCCAAGAGUCUCUUGAGAAGAGCAUUCAGAAGAAGUCUUGAGAAAGUUCUGAAGUAUCCGAGGUACUCAAAACCGAAAGAGUAAGGUCAGGUUCACCAAGGAAGGAAUCCCCCAAAAGAGGGAUGACCUAUUCCUCGGAGAAUUCGCAGACCCUCAACUCUAAGUCUGUCAGUAAGGUAGAGAGUACCUUUAACAAAAGCCUAUUAGAGCUGAAGGUAGCUCUUCAGGAAUUCACUAAAAAGGUAGACAUCAUAAAAUUUCAAGUCAGGGAAAACUCCAGAGAAAUUGAUUUCAACCGUCAUAAGAUCUUUUCGCUUCUGAAGAAUGGCAAGAAUAGUUCAAUAAUUAAAGAAAGCGUCAAUGCGAGCUUUAAACAAGGAAUGAAGGAACAUGAGAGAGCAUCAGCUAUGACUUCUAAGAACAUAGCCAACCUCUUUGGGAGGCUCAAUAAUCCAGCAGACAUGAAGCCAAAUUCAAAGCUGUUCAGUUUGAAGUCUGGUGUAGGUAGAGUUAUGAAUAAGACAGUGCAAAAACAUCCAUUUAGUGGGUUCACUGUGAAUAAAAUACAGUCAAAAUUCAGACCAAGUGAUGAAGAAGUAACCUCCUUCUUCUCAGAAAGUAUCCCUGAUGAAGAAAAAGAUCAGAUUGAAGAAAAACCUGAAAGAGAGGACUCAUUGUUUGAUAAGAAGUAUUCGUUAGAUUCCAAGACAGACCUUAAGAAAAGGAAUCAAUCUGUAGCCGAGAGCUAUAGAAAAGUUGCGAAAAGAAAAAACAAACAUAGCACUCAGAUUGAGCUGAAUGAAUACAUGAACGGCAAGGAUGAGAUUUAUAAACAAGCCAAGUCAGUAAAUAGGAAGAAAAUAAACCUUGACAUCCCUAACAUGAAUGAGAAGGAAGAGACUCUGGUACAUAACAAGAGCCAGAGAAUAUCUAAUCUGACAUUACCUAAGGUAUCUACGAAAUCGAUCAUGAGAGUUACCCCCUCCCAUUUGAAACCUUUCAAGGUUUCUUAUGAAAACCUUCAGUUUUCAAAUACUUCAACUAGUCAUCUUCAUAAAGUGAAGGCUGCAGGAAAUACUUUCAGAUAGGUUGAGACUUAUGAAGUAUCCUUCAAGAUAAUUCCAUCUUAAAGCUUGUGCAUUUUUAU